AUGGCUAGAGAUAGACCGUUCAUACCCUCAGAGUACUUCGUACCAUACGACAAGAGCAGUCAUGCCAAGGGAAGCAUUAUGGAAGUUCGUUUGGCGGCAUCGAAGGAGGUUUUGGAGGUGAAAGUUCCAGCAUGGAAAGGUGAUGGUGAACGGAUGGAGCUUGGUCAAGGGCUGAUUGGUUUGGGCACCAGCAUCCUUGCAGGCCAACCUCUUCCUGCAAGUCCAUCGUUCACGACUCGACGGCUGUCCUCGACGCAUGCUCGCAAACACUCGCGAGAGGUUGUCGUCGGGGCGCAAAGACAGUCUGCAUGA